AUGAUGUCUGAACCUAAUCAUAGCCAGGCCGGUGGACGGGUUAACUGGCUGGCCUCCAUGGCCCAGGAUGUGCACAAGGGCCGCCACUCCGAAGUCGACUUCAUGAACGGCCUGAUCUGCCGCAAGGGCAUUGAGACGGGCAUCCCCACACCCUUCCACGAUGCCAUUGUUGACGCCAUGCACGGCAUAGACGACGGCUCCCUGAAGCCCGACCCCGCCAACGUGGACAUCAUUAUGCGAGCCGUGGGGAUGUAG